CAAGCCUUUUCCGCUAGUCUCCCCCCUCUAGCCCACAGUCUCGCUGCCCUGAGCCUCCCGUGCCGGCGGGCCGGCCGGGCGGACAGGAGAGCGCGCGGGGGGCGCGCGGGGGGGCGGGGGGAGUUCCGGUUCCGGUUCUUUGUGCAGCUGCAGCAGCGGCUCCGGGAAAGAUGGCGGCCCGGGCGGGUUUCCAGUCCGUGGCUCCGAGCGGCGGCGCCGGAGCCUCAGGAGGGGCGGGCGCGGCGACUGCCCUGGGCCCGGGCGGGACACCGGGGCCUCCGGUGCGAAUGGGCCCGGCGCCGGGUCAAGGGCUAUACCGCUCCCCGAUGCCUGGAGCGGCCUAUCCGAGACCAGGUAUGCUACCAGGCAGCCGAAUGACACCUCAGGGACCUUCCAUGGGACCCCCUGGCUAUGGGGGGAACCCUUCAGUCCGACCUGGCCUGGCCCAGUCAGGGAUGGACCAGUCCCGCAAGAGACCUGCGCCUCAGCAGAUCCAGCAGGUCCAGCAGCAGGCGGUCCAAAAUCGGAACCACAAUGCAAAAAAAAAGAAGAUGGCUGACAAAAUUCUACCUCAAAGGAUUCGUGAACUGGUACCAGAAUCCCAGGCCUAUAUGGAUCUCUUGGCUUUUGAAAGGAAACUGGACCAGACUAUCAUGAGGAAACGGCUAGAUAUCCAGGAGGCCUUGAAACGUCCCAUCAAGCAAAAACGGAAGCUGCGAAUUUUCAUUUCUAACACUUUCAAUCCGGCUAAGUCAGAUGCUGAGGAUGGGGAAGGGACGGUGGCCUCCUGGGAACUUCGGGUAGAAGGACGGCUCCUGGAGGAUUCAGCUUUGUCCAAAUAUGAUGCCACCAAACAAAAGAGGAAGUUUUCUUCUUUUUUUAAAUCCUUGGUGAUCGAACUGGACAAAGACCUGUAUGGACCAGACAACCAUCUGGUAGAAUGGCACAGGACCGCCACUACCCAGGAGACGGAUGGCUUCCAGGUGAAGCGGCCGGGAGAUGUGAAUGUACGAUGUACUGUCCUGCUGAUGCUGGAUUACCAGCCUCCUCAGUUUAAAUUAGACCCUCGUCUGGCUCGGCUUCUGGGCAUUCACACCCAGACCCGUCCGGUGAUCAUUCAAGCACUGUGGCAAUAUAUUAAGACACACAAGCUCCAGGACCCACAUGAGCGGGAGUUUGUCAUUUGUGACAAGUACCUCCAGCAGAUCUUUGAGUCUCAACGUAUGAAGUUUUCAGAGAUUCCCCAACGGCUCCAUGCCUUGCUUAUGCCCCCUGAACCCAUUAUCAUUAAUCAUGUCAUCAGUGUUGACCCGAAUGAUCAGAAAAAGACAGCUUGUUAUGACAUUGAUGUGGAAGUGGAUGAUACCUUGAAGACCCAGAUGAAUUCUUUUCUGCUGUCUACUGCCAGCCAGCAGGAGAUUGCUACUCUAGACAACAAGAUCCACGAGACAAUAGAAACUAUCAAUCAGCUGAAGACCCAGCGGGAGUUCAUGCUGAGCUUUGCCAGAGACCCUCAGGGUUUCAUCAAUGACUGGCUUCAGUCCCAGUGCCGGGACCUCAAGACCAUGACUGAUGUGGUGGGUAACCCAGAGGAGGAACGCCGAGCAGAGUUCUACUUCCAGCCUUGGGCCCAGGAGGCUGUGUGUCGAUAUUUCUACUCCAAGGUGCAACAGAGACGACAAGAAUUAGAGCAAGCCCUGGGAAUCCGAAAUACAUAGGGCUUCUCCCACAGCCCUGAUGGUGGCUGCACCGAUUUCUUUAUUUGGGCCCUGUGCUGCCUGCCUCAGAGCACCUGCCUUGGUCUUGCUUGGGGCUUUCCAGGGGAUGCUGUCGGUUCUAGGACAACACCAGAAUGAAGAGGGUCUCGUGUGACACCGGCUAGCCUCUUCUCCCACCCCACCCCUUCCUAUCCCCAGCUUCCCUUUGCCCCACAAAGUUCCCGUGUGCCUCUCCCCUCCCCUGGUCUGCGUAGGACCUCUAGAUAGUAUUAGAGAGAGAACCUGUAGUGGUAAUCAGUGCAUUGAAUGGAUUGGGCCUAAGGCCAAGUGGUCUUCAAGGGGACCAGCUACACUGAUCCUGCCCUUCAGAGACCCGGGAGUUGGGAGCGGUAGCCCCUUCUCCAUGACUCAGGCCUGGGGGCACUCUAUAAGCUAGUUGAUCUUGGCUCUCCUGAUAACAGAAUCCAGUUUCCUUCCUUCCCUCCACAGGUUUGGAGCAAACUCUCCCUUCACUUGUUGCCCUCUAGCACUAAAGGAACCCUGGCUCUCAGGCUCUACUGAGCCCCAGGUCAGUCCGCAGCCCUCCCGAUGGGCCUGCUGUCUCAGUGCUUCUCCCCUCCCUCACAGGGGGUCCACAUCAGUAUUAGAGUUUGUUCUCGUAGUAUUGCUCCCUCCCAGCACACUCCUUGUAGCUGCUGUUGAGGAUUCCCUCCUGUUUGUCCUGACCGAGGGCACUCGGGUAGGGGAAUCUUGCCUUUCCGUCAGAGCCCCAGGGACCUCACCUAGGGUGCCGUCAUUGCCAGUGGAGGCUGUUCCUUUCUGCUGUAGCGUGGAGGUGUGAUUCAUUCAUUCACUCCACCCUGCCUCCCCCAUCCCUUCAUGGAGAAACAGGCCUGCGAUCAAACGGGUAAAAGCCCUGGGCCGUCCCUGUCUUCCUGUACCUUGUCUGCCCAGUUGACACCCGCUGGUGACUGCUGGGGCACUGAGGAGUGAACGCGCCUGGGGCUGCAGAGAGCGCUGACUUGAGUUUGUGACUCUUCCCUCUCCCUGCCUCACAGGAUUGUGACUCCCCAGCCCCCGCCCUCAAAGCUUCAGACCCCUCAGGUAGCAGCAGGACCUUGUUGUGCGAUCUUGGCCCCUUGGAACUGAGAUGGUUUUGCAUCUUUCCAGGAGAGCCUCAAAUUCUUCCAGGUUGUAUCACCCCCGAGUUAGCAUAUCCCAGGCUCGCAGACUCAACACAGCAGGGUGGGAGACAGCUGGGCACAGAGGGGGAAUUCCGUUCGGCAUGGGCUGUAAACCUGCAGAACUGACAAAGCCCCUGCUUCCCCACCCCCUCCUCAGGCUCCUGCGAGCACACCCCCCAGCCCUGUAUCCCUGCCUGUUCCAUGCUGGGGACAGCAGGGUUCUCUCCCCAUCUUCUCCUUCCAGUCAUGAAUCACCCCCCUCCCUGAAAGGUUCUCCCCACAGUGACACUGGACAACCUCUGUCCCUGGGGCUGGAACCAUGAGAAGGAAGCUCAGCACUCCUAGUGUCCCUGUUGAAGAUAACUGUUUUUAUUAACUGAAUUAUUAUGUUUUUUUCAUGGACCAAAAUUUUUUUUGUACUGCCCCCUUAUCAAUGUCACCCAGUUUUAAUAAAAGAAUCUUCUGAAGAA